CUGUGGUAGAGGGAGGUGGCGGCAGCGGCUAGCGGACUGGAGUCUCAACCGGACUGAGGCGGACACUUUUGUGGCGCGAGGCGGAGAAGCACCGAGCACCAGAGGCGGCACCGGGAUCCCCGGCUCAGGGGAGGGGGCCGGCGGACCGGGAGGAGGGGAGGGGGCGAUGCUGGAAGCCAUGGCGGAGCCCAGUCCCGAAGAUCCACCUCCGACUCUGAAGCCCGAGACGCAGCCACCAGAGAAACGGCGGAGGACAAUUGAGGACUUCAACAAAUUCUGCAGCUUUGUCCUGGCCUACGCGGGUUACAUCCCCCCUAGCAAAGAGGAAAGUGACUGGCCAGCCUCUGGCUCGAGCUCUCCACUGCGAGGUGAGAGUGCAGCCGACAGCGAUGGCUGGGACUCGGCUCCCUCAGAUCUUCGAACCAUUCAGACCUUUGUUAAGAAAGCAAAGUCAUCCAAGAGAAGGGCGGCUCAAGCAGGGCCCACCCAGCCAGGACCCCCAAGGUCCACUUUCUCUCGUCUGCAGGCCCCCGACAGUGCCAGCCUGCUUGAGAAGAUGAAGCUCAAGGACUCUCUGUUUGAUCUGGAUGGCCCUAAAGUAGCAUCUCCGCUGGCUCCCACAGCCCUGACACACCCCUCCCGGCCCCCCGCCGCCCUCACCCCAGUGCCCCUUGCCCAGGGGGACCUCUCCCAGCCCCCUCGAAAGAAGGACCGAAAGAACAGAAAGUUGGGGCCCGGUGGGGGGGCUGGCUUUGGGGUUCUCCGGAGGCCUCGACCGGCUCCUGGGGAUGGGGAAAAGAGGUCUCGGAUCAAGAAGAGCAAGAAGCGGAAGUUGAAAAAGGCAGAGCGGGGGGAUAGACUCCCACCUCCUGGGCCUCCCAGGGCACCCCCCAGUGACACAGACUCUGAAGAGGAGGAGGAGGAAGAGGAAGAAGAGGAGGAGGAAGAGAUGUCAGUAGUGGUAGGGGAUGAAGCCCCAGCCCCUGUGCUCCCCACACCCUCUGAGGCCCCCAGGCCCCCUACCACAGUGCACCCCGAAGGCGCCCCUCCCACCGACAGUGAAAGCAAGGAGGUGGGCAGCACUGAAACAAGCCAGGAUGGAGAUGCCAGCUCCAGCGAAGGCGAGAUGCGGGUCAUGGACGAGGACAUCAUGGUGGAAUCAGGUGAUGACUCAUGGGACCUGAUCACGUGUUACUGCCGGAAGCCCUUCGCAGGGCGGCCCAUGAUCGAGUGCAGCCUAUGUGGGACGUGGAUCCACCUCUCCUGUGCUAAGAUUAAGAAGACCAAUGUCCCUGACUUCUUUUAUUGCCAGAAAUGCAAGGAACUGCGGCCUGAGGCGCGGCGGUUAGGGGGGCUUCCCAAAUCUGGAGAGCCCUGACACUGCCAACUCCAGGCUGGAACUGGCAAGUGACGAUUCGGGAACUGAGCCUCGGGGGCUUCAGCCCAUCCCCUGGAGUCUGGAUGUGGUCCCCGCUUCAAGGCAGGAACGCCCAAGGCAGACUUCGGAAAUGAGUCUCACGGUCCCUCCCUCCCCUCCCUCCCCAGCCUGUGGACUGGAGUGGACGUUGCGUUGGGCGUGGGAGGCUGUCGGGGGCCCCGGAUGCAGCAUCUUGGACCUGCCAGGGUUGGAAUUGGGAUGGACUGGGACAGCUGUCUAUAAACUCUAGUGUAAAUAUAGCAUUCCCCUCCCUCAUCUUUUAUUUUACUCCCAAUUUAUUUUCUUCUACACCGGUUGUAUUUUUAAUGUUGGACUUCCUCUUUCGAGCGUGGCGGCUCAGAGGUGGAGUGAGCCUGGCCAAGCGAGCAAGGAGAGCGGCAAGGUGACGGUCCUCACGCACCUCUUGUUUUUACUACUGGCCAGCCGUUUGUACAGACAGCCUGCGUGUUGUAAAUAAAGCAGAGUGGGCUCUUUGUGUUUCUA